CUGAUACUGAUCAACACAAUUUAAAGUGCAAUAUAUAUAGAGAAAUAAAGAAAAAUAUUGUAUAUAGAAAAACAUGUCUUAUCGAAAACGACGACAAAGUAUCUAUCUACAAGGACGAAAUUCCAUUUCGAGGACCAAUUCUUAUGAUGGAACAUCAGCGACCGCAGCAGCAGCAGCAGCGGCUGCAAUUUCAGCAUCUACAACCGGUGGUACUACAUUACGAAUUAAUAGUCAUAAAGCAUCAAUAUUAAUAGAUAAUUUUAGUGGCCUUCCUUGUCCGGAUCUAAAAACAAUGAAAUGCUAUAAAGGUUAUGAAUGGGUUACAUUCAGACCAGUUGAAAUAUUGCCGCCAUCUACAAUGAUGCCAGAACCAUUGAAUACAGAUGAUGAAACAAUUGAUGAACAACAAUCUGAAUUCAAAGAUUUGAAUGAUACAAGUAAAGACAAUGAUGACAAAGAGCUUUCGGCACCGGAAAUUAUUGAUUAUCGAAUCACUAGAUUAAGCAAAGAUUGGAUUCAAAAAGUGGGCACCGAUGAUAUUGGCCAACAAGAAACACGUGAAUGCCUUCACCAGCAUGUGAAACAGAAAUUUUGUCAUGGUAGUAAAGCUGCAAAAGAAAUGUCAAUCAUCGAUAUUCAUCAUUCAUUGAUUGUACGAUAUUCACUUGAAUCAGUAUGUGAAAGAAGACAAUUAUGUUGGACAUUCGAACCAUUUGUCGAUCAUGAUGACGAUGAUACAACAGAUAAUCAAGUGCCUUAUCCACAUUCACAUCAACCAGCUGAUGAUCCAUGGAAAAUUCCUGUUCAUCAAGUUCGUGAUUUAGAAGUGAUGAUCGAACAGAUGACUCCAUCAUUACCAUCAUCAACACCUCAGCAACAGCCAUCAACACCAUUACCACCUAUCAAAGAAACAGAUGACGAUGUUGUCGACGAGGUGGAUGCCGUUGUUAUUGAAGAGAAACCACCCACACAACGUACCGUAACAUUUUUGACAAUCGAUAAACAUCCUUUAAGUCAAGAUUCAUUAAAUCUUGUGGCUAGUAAGGAGGAACAAGCACUUAAAAGAAAAUAUCAGGAAAAAAUAUUCCAAGAUCAAUGUAUGGAGGUGACCGUACCAGGUACAGUUUCAAUACAUUCAUGUCAUAUCUGUGCUGGCGUAGGCCGAAAACGAUGUCUAGUCUGUGUUGGUUCUGGAUCGACCAAAUGUGAUAUUUGUGAAGGAGUAGGUUUCUAUGGUAUCGAUCACAAUAAGCCAGCAUUUACACGAACAUUUUCGGCCAACAGUGACAAUGGCAAUGAUUAUUGUUGGCGUUGUCGUGGACGUGGUCGAUUACGAUGUGAUGGCUGUUCGGGUGUUGGAAUGACCGCAUGUAUUGGUUGUGCUGGAUCCGGACAAAUUAAAUGUUACAUCAAAAUGAUUGUCACGUUAACAAAUCAUCACAAUUCAGUUAUUAUCAGGGAUAAAUAUUCCAAUGAAAUUCCUUUCGAUCAAAUCAAAUUGACUGAUGGUGAUUUAGUAUUGAACGAAGAUGGUUUAGAUCUACAUCCAACAUCAUCAUUGUUUCAUAAUGAUCUCAUUACUGGACAAAGUGAACGUUUAAUACGAUUACAUCGCCGUAAAUACCUUGGAAAUUGUCGAUUAAUAUGGCAGAGACAUCGAAUCAAAGUGAUACCUGUUUGUCGUGUACAUAGCUCAUGGCAUGGAAAUCGUUUUCGUUUCUAUGUUUUUGGUCGAAAAUCACAACGUCGAUGUUUCGCUAUCGAUUAUCCACAACGAUGUUUUUGUAUACCAUGUUGUUGUUUUUGUUGUUGCACAUCUUGUUCUUCACCAUGUCGUAUAGCUUGAAUUAAAAACACACAAACACAUUUUUUUCACAAAUCAAAGAAAACAAAUUAAAAUAAAAAAUAAAAUUCGAA